AUGCUGCCGGCCGACCUCCUCGCCCACGAACGGGCAAGAGUCAAGACCCGUCUAGAAGAUGAGGGAGAAUUAACAUCGACCUCCACUAUAAGGAAAGGAGAAAGAGCAAUCUCUACAUCGUCUUGGCAAUCCAGAUGGGAUCGGGCCGCAGCCGGUCCUGACGCAGUCGGACGCAGAUGGACCCACCGGCUUCUGCCCGACAUCGCACGCUGGAUUGCGAAGCCUGCUAUGAGCCUCACAUACCGCAUGACGCAGGCCCUGUCUGCACACGGUUGUUUCCGCAGCUACCUGCUAAGAUUCAAACGUGCCGUGGACAGCUACUGCGUGUAUUGCAUGAACCCCGAAGACACGGCAGAGCACACCCUCUUCGCUUGCCCCAGGUGGGAGGACGAGCGUGCUGUCCUGACCAGGAUCUUAAGACGCCCACCAGAGCCCGGGGACGUUCAGGAACUCCUGUGUGGACCUAGGGCCGACGAACUACCUGACGAUCUGACAGCCCGGUCAAGGAUCGUAGAACAGGCAAAGACCAACAGACGUGAGUUUAUGGCGAUGGUGGAAAAAAUCAUGUGCUCCAAAGAAGAUGAUGAAAGGGAGGAACAGUUGUACGACUGA